AUGGCCUGCUGUGGUCUGGCCCCCUUAGGGCACCUCACAACCUUAGCCAACGUAAUGCCUUAUCUGGCCUCCUAUAUGCACAAGUACACCGAUGUCACCGUUGACUACAGUCUGGCCAUUUGGCUCUCCUGCUGUCUUCAUGCCAUCCAGGGCAUCGCCACCCCCACCACAACUGUUCUCAUCUCACGUGUUGGCUACAGACCCUUGCUUCUUUUUUCAUGGAUGGUUCACAGGCAAGUCACUGCGACUAGUUGCGCUUUAGAGCAAUGCUUUAAUGCCUAUUACCAUCGAUUUUUAGCGUGUUUUUACCAGGAACACAAUCGACAUAUUCAAUUCCGUACACUUCAGGAGGAGUUAUCUUACUGGGAUCGACUAAAUAUUGCUGGAAUCCUACUGACACCAUUGACACUAAAAGUGGGUUUCGCUGCGGUGAUCUCCACUUACGCCAUCAUGGUGGGAUGGGGAGUGGGUGCCUCUUAUGGCCUCCUUCUCGCUUUGGCUGCUUCGUGGUUUCCAAAGCGCCGCGGUUUGGUUGUCGGAAUCUGCGCGUGUGGCUUCGGAGCUGGCGCCAUUAUCCUUACACCCCUGCAAACCGCCAUCAUCAACCCACAGAAUCUUGCCGUCAACAAUGUUACUCAAAUGUUCGAGGACGAGACGAUGCUACAACGUGUUCCAAAGUGCCUCUACAUAGUUGGUGGAAUUAUGGCAAGCCUUCAGCUGCUUGGCUGCAUCUUUGUUCGUCCGAGACCAGAAGAAGAAGAAUCGCAGAUCGUGGAGGUGACUGAAGAUUUGACUGAUAAUUCCGUAGAGAUUUCGCAAAAUAAAACAGCCUUGAAAGGAAAGGCAUCUGCAAGUGAUCUGUCUCCUAGGGAGGUGCUUCAGAAAGUUGAUGUCUAUCUCUUCUGGGCCAUCAUGUGCCUGUCUCUCAUCCCCUUGACACUCAUCACUGCUACAAUAAAGGUUGUGGGUCAGCGAUCAAUUCCAGACGACAAGUAUUUAAGCCUUGUAAGCACACUGGGAGCGGUGUUCAAUACCCUGGCUAGAGUAGGCUGGGGUCCAGUGGGUGAUAAAUUCUCAUACAAGGUGCCGCUGUGCUGUUUGAACCUCUUCUACGGUGUAAUUCUCAUCACUUUGCCCUUCAUUCCCCCACUUCCUGUGACUGGCAAGUAUCUCUACGCUCUGUGGGUGUCUCUCAUCUACUUCAGUGUGGCAGGUAACUUCGUUCUACUGCCCUUUGGAAUUUCGCGCGCCUUUGGGCACAAGCAUUUUGCCGCCAAUUACGGUAUCGUCUUCAGCGCAUUUCAUAAUCGGAGCACUCAUAGUCUACUUCGUGAAACUGGAGCAAUACAUUACGGAAAUCUUCGUAUCUUGUGGAGCUAUCUGUCUUUUCAGUUUCGUUUGUGCGCUUUAUUUGGCCGAUACCAACGCUCCGAGGGUAUGUCAAGCUAUUACCUGUCGUCAACGGGAGAGUACUUAAUUUCUCCUCGUCGACAACUACUAUAUUGUGCAAAAAUCGCGAAGGCUAUGCGAAGGUCAAACAAGCUCAGUGUAUAA